AGCGAACUGAGAGAAAAUCGGUCCUUAGUUCAACGUACAACGGCAGUGUGUUCGCAGACUUGUUCGUGUGGGCACGUUCGCGCAAGUUCUCUGUACGUCCGUUCACUCCUCCGUCGUUCCGGGAUAAAUUUCAAGCCUUUCCAACGUGUUUAUUAGUGAUUCAACGGAACUUUAUUCGGGAUGUUCAACAGUUUCUUCGAGACUUCUCACUGGUUGUUACUUGGUGCUUGCGUUUUGGACGUUUAGCGCUCCUCGGGAGCGCACUAGUAGUGUCUUCGCCUGGGCAGCCAUAGUGGAUUAAUUUUUCUAGUGUCGUCAGUGGUGCACUGCAAAAAUCUCCAAGUUCUGCUCAAGCUCAUCAGAUAAUGCCAAAGCAUCGGCCAAACUGAGCGAAAUAGUCUGGAUAAAGCAAAAUGGAGAUCUACCAAAUGGUCUUGAUAGUUGUAAGUAGUGCAGUGCUGUGUGUUCGGGCUGCGCGCUGGUCUCAUUCGACGUAUUUGAGCCCCGAUUAUCGAUUGUUGUGGUCGCUGGGACCUGGACCUCAGGAUAUCACUUUCGAAGUCCAAGUGAAAACCCUGGGAUAUGUGGGUUUUGGAUUCUCCAAAGACGGCAGAAUGGCCGGCUCUGAUAUGGUUGUUGGAUGGGUGGACCAUGGACAGGUGUAUUUCCAAGAUCGUCAUGUCAAAGAUUCUCCAGGAAGUGCCAUGGAUCGCGAGCCUGAAGUGGACCCGAGCCAAGAUUACCAACUGCUGUUAGGUUAUGAAAACAGCACCCACACAGUCUUGCGGUUCAGAAGAAGGUUGAAUACUUGCGACCACCACGACAUCCCCAUCACUAACGACACAAUGCGCAUUGUGUGGGCUUUCCACCGAGAUGAACCCAUAGGUGGUGCAGUUGGUCCAAAGUCGCUACCAAGACAUGAUUUGGCCAACCGAGGUACUCAGUCGCUGUAUCUGGUACAACGUGCAGACCAAGAUGUUCCCAGUGCAGAAGAAAUCGCUCGAGUUUGGGAGUUGAAAAAUCCUGCCGUCGAACCACCUUCCAUCCCGGGGGAUACCCUCUAUUGGUGCAAGGUUUUCAAGAUUCCAGCCAGUAUUAAUAAAAAGCAUCAUUUAAUCAGGUACGAGCCACUCCGAAGCGUGACUGGAAUCAAUGGACUUCAGCACGUAGUUCUUUAUGAGUGCCAGGAUAACCCCUUGGUCGAAAACCUGGUAGGUACCCCGGGCAGACAGUGUCAUGAGGCACACUCGCAACCCUUCAUGUGCAACACUGUGGUGGCCAGUUGGGCCAAAGGGUCUGAAGGCUUCAGCUUUCCACCUGAAGCCGGCUAUCCGCUGGACUCCACCAACAAGUAUUACCUAAUGGAGACUCAUUACACAGUGCCAAUGGAUGGUAACGUGGGUUCAAUUGAUGGAUCAGGUCUUCGCCUGUUCUACACGUCAGAGUUGCGUAGACACGACGCUGGAGUAAUUUCCAUAGGCAUGGAUCCGAACUGGCGACACAUCAUUCCUCCAGGCCAGAACAGAGUAGUGUCUGCCGGGCACUGCGUUUCGGACUGCACUCGUCAGGCUUUUCCCCAUUCGGGUAUAAACGUGUUUGCAGUGGUGAUGAAGACGCACAAAAUCGGCAAACAAGUGGCCCUCAAGCAUGUACGCGGCAGUGUUGAACUGCCACCCGUGGCUAGUGAUGAUAAUGUGGAUGCGGACUAUCAGGAGUACCGGAAACUCGAAGUUCCUGUGCGGAUUCUACCUGGUGAUCAUUUAGUAACGGAGUGCACGUAUAACAGUUCGGGGCGUAGUGCCAUUACUCUUGGCGGGUUGACCAAUCGUGAAGAAACGUGUUUGGUGAUGGGACUGUAUUAUCCAAGACAAAAAAUGUUAGCAGCUUGCCACAGUCUUCCCAGCUUGCCUACAGUCUUGCAUUCGCUUGGCAUCCAGGAACUUAGUCCGGGUUCCAAUCCAGUAAGAAUAGCUGCUCCUCCGGAGCUCGCAGGAAUGACGCUCGAGUCUAGAUUGGUAUCCUACGACUGGGACAAUCAGUUUCAGACUUUCCAAGAUGCUACCACUAGGGGCUCGUUUAAGCCCAUUUGCUGGACAUCUCAAUUAACUUUGCUGCCGGGUACCGAUAAGGAGUCUCACUACCCGAACGUUUCAAAGCCCUACGUCCGAGUCAUAUCCGACCAAUGUAACUACCGAAGAUACAGCACAGAAGGAUGGCCAGGUGGUACACCCGUUUUGGAACUGGAUGGAAACCACAUAGAAGGAGUGACGCGUAGCAAGGUAUCCAGGAGCAGUAGUCCUGCUCAAGAAGAGUCUUUAGGGUUGAGCAGGUUCAAUGCCGGAUGUAGUCUGAGCAGUACAUGGUUCCUUUUCGCGGUGUCGCUGAUGCUCGUCUGGUUCGAUCGUUGACUCCGAUUAUGUGAUAAACGUGAUUUUUGUUUUAAACGUGUUGUGUCUUCGGGGAAAAUCUCCAGUGACACGAGCUGCUGUGGUGUGACUAUUCCCAUUUAGUUUGUAUUAUCGAGUCAUGUCUAUACUAGUCCGUUUGGCCAGCAGGUGUGUUAUUAACGUGUGUGCAUAUUAUAGAGAGAGAGAAAGUGAGCGAAUGAAAAUCAGCAAUUUGCGAUCGGCAAAACUUUGCAUGUUUUUGCACCCUCGAAGAAUCCUGGGACCAUGCCGCUGUAAUUCUCCAGAGGUUUCGUUUAACUCCUACAUAACAAAUUGCUGGCAUUGCUCUAAUUAAUUGCAAACAUUAUCAUUUUUAAUCUUUAUUAAUUUUCUCAGUCAUAGCGGAAAUGUUAAAUUGCAAUCGCGUUUUCUUCGGCUUUCCGCGCUAAAAUAUUUUACAUAAUGACGGCAUUUUUUGAAAUAGACAUAGGCGAUGACAAUCAUUAGAUAGAAUUUUGUCUAUUUGUUCAUACGUAUAACUAAGAACGUGUUUAGUUUGUCAAGAGGUCCUUAAAGGCGGUUGAACUCAAAACUAUUCUAUUAUUUCCCAUUUUGCUGGGAUUCUAAGCAUUUUUAUUGUCGCCUGCAAGCGCUUUAUUAAUGCGUUUCGUAAUCAUUAACACGUCACAAUGGUUUUCGGACGAAAGCGAAAUUCUAAAUUUAUUGAAGCGGACAAAAAGUUCAUGAAAGGAAAUUAAUAACAGUUGCACAAAAUGGCGUUUAGAUGCAAUCAUUUCCAGUGACUGGCAUCCAAUAUACAUACAGUGAACAAUAAUUUGCAAAUAGUUUUUUUUUGUUUAAGUUCUUGUCAAUUAGGAUAUUAGAUGAAAACGUGCCACGUUUUGCCGAGGAAAUUUAUAUUUACGCGACAAAAUUGCCCGCGUAUUGGUCUGUGAUGAAAGUAGUUUUAAGCACUUAGUAAUGUAUUUUGUUUCUGUAAAAAGCCCUUUUGUAUGUACAUUUAAUCGGAUCCCAUUUCCGCAUUCCCUCGUAUAGAUCGCUAUUGUGGUAAACCUCAGCGAAUCCUGUCAGGCAUCAACUUCCCCGUAGUUUUUGAUAAUGAAUCAAAAAAUGUUUGUGUUUUAGGGCCAAUAGCUCUUUUAUUUACCAUUCGAAGAAUUGCGAACGAGCACAAUCAUUGAUUUUUCCGAUAUGGCAUGUGUCUUGAAUUUGUACGUUUCCCGACCGCUGUUGUUAUGUCUGACAUGUUCCUCAGAGAUAGUCGUGUAUACCAGUAGAAUAUCUAUUAUAAAUAAUAAUUAUUGUUCCUUUAUAUCAUUGGAUAUUUACUGCGUUUUCUUGUUAAGUCGUAGUUUCUUGACUGGUGCUAUAUAAGUUGAUCCUUUAUUGUACAUGUCCUGUAUCUAAUUUUUUACUAUUAUGCUGUUGAACUGACAAUGAAACACUCUACUGUACAGUGUAGAUAAUUUGUGUAAUAUAUUUUAUAAAUAAAUUGCAGUAACUCCUAGUAAUAUUA